ACACACACACACGCACACACGCACACACGAACCUGCCUGCCCGCUCGCUCUCGAUCGGACCUGCCCCCGCCCUCUCCCCCUCCUCGACACCCUUCAACCAUGUCCGAGAAGACUUCCCUCCACUCCUUCCACUCUUCCGGGACGCUGCUGGCCCUGGUGUCCCCGGACAACCGCAUCUACAUCUGGGAUGUCCUCACCUCGACCAUCAAGUUCGAGUAUGCCUCCAAGAACCAUCUGAUCGAGAAAAUCACCUCCCUCUCUUGGGGCUUCUGCACUGCCGGCGGCAAGCGCUCGCGCGAGGGGAAGACCGCCGCCAAGGACAUCUGCCUGGCCUUUGGCACCAGCACCGGCUCGGUCUACGUCCUGAGCGUCCCGCGCGCUGAGAUUGUCAACACUUUCUCCAGCAUGCACCCCGACGCCGUGAGCUCUAUCGAGUUCGAGCAUGACAGCCCGACCGCCUAUUCGCUCGGUGUGUCCGGAUCCGUGUGUCAUUGGAACGCUGCCACUGGCAAGACCCUCUCUUCUUCCAAGGUGGACUCGACCAACAUGAGCGCCCUUGCCUUGUCCUCGAGCAGCGAGCAGAUUGCUCUGGCCUCCUCCAACAUCAAGCUCUCCCCCAAGGCCGACCUCGCUGCUGUCUCUCAGUCCUUCACCGGCCAUGUGAGCCCUGUGUCCCGGCUGCGCUUCUCCCCGAGCGCCGGCCACCUCCUGUCGAUGGCCUCGCAGGAUCGCUCAAUCUCCGUCUGGGACACUGCUUCUGGUGCUCGAGUUGCCGGCCUCUCCAUGACCUCGGUUCCCGUGUCUUUCGACGUGAUCCGCUCUCCGGUCGAGGGUGACAAUGCCCCGAUCCAUGUCGCCACUAUCACCGAAACCGGUGAGGUGCAUGUCUUCAAUGUUGCCCUCUCUGGCAAGGAGUCCGGCGGCAAGCCCAAGCGUGCCACCAUCAACCCGGCGGCGACCUUUGACUUCCGUGACCAGUCCAAUCAGCUCAACCAGAGCGCCAAGCGUCACACCUCCACCGAUUCGCGCAUUCCCGUCCUGGCGGUUUGCUUCGCGCAGGAGGGUCGCCGCCUGCUUCUGGCCCGCGGCUCCAUCAACCGCAUCGUCUUCGAGGAGAUCCAAUAUGUCACCAGCGACAACAAGUUCAUCCCCAGUGGCAGCUUCAUGCGGAUGCCGACCGUGCUCGAUGGCGCGUCGACCGCCCCUCGCGUGGUCCAGUCUGUCUCGGUGGAUGGCGACAAGAAGGCCGUCAAGGUGAUCGAUGCCACCUUCGUGUCGGUCGCCCGGCCCUCGGCACAGGAGCGCCUGGACACGCGUUCCCUGUCGGAGCGCAUCAAGGAGGUGCAGAUGGUGGAGGCGGCCAUGCCGGCCGGUAGCCAGCCGCUGGUCAUGCCGGAGGGUGGUGCCGGCGGCCGCGGCGCGUCCAAGUCGCACUCGCUGGCGGUGGUUUUGUCGCAGGCGCUGCAUUCGCAGGACCAGCAGCAGCUGGCCUUUGUUUUUGAGCAGACCAGCCAGCAGCUGGUGGAGAACACCAUCCGCAAGCUCCCCACCAGCCACAUCCUGCUGCUGAUCAAGGCCCUGGUCGAGCGCUUCCAGAACAAGCCCACCCGCGGCCAGAAGCUCAUCAUCUGGCUGCGCGCCACCCUGGUCAUCCACUCUUCCUACCUGAUGACUGUCCCGGAUCUGGUCACCCGCCUUGGCCCGCUGUACGCCCUCGUGGAUAGCCGUCUGAGCAGCUUCAAGCGUCUGCUUCGUCUGUCCGGCCGUCUUGACCUGAUUGUGUCGCAGAUUGCCCAGGCCAGCCAGGACCAUGAUGAGGAUGCCUUCUCCUCGAGCGCGACCUUUACCCUGAACGAGUCCGACGAUGAUGGCGACAUCUCCGAGGAGGAUCUGACCGAAAGCGUCCUCCGUGGUGAGGACGACGAGGAGAACGAUGACGACCUGGACAUUGUUGAUAACACCCUGCGGGAGGGUAUCGACUAUGACCCGGCCGACUAUGACGAUGACACCCAGAUGGACGACGACGAAUUUGACAUGUAGACUAGCCUUUUUCUUUUGAGAUCUGAGCGCGUGUGUGCGCGCGUGCACAAAAGACAGCGGGCGAGGGGGGCCCGGCCAUGCUCUCUUUCUUCUUUCUCCCUCCUCUCUCCCUCUCGGCCGGACCCCCUCUCCUCGGGGCUUCCCCCUUCACAAUAAAAAUCCCCUUCAUGAUGGAGUUAGGUGUGUGCGUCAU